UUGUUUCCUUUUGCUUUCCUGUGAUCUAUACUUUUGGGGUCUCCCGACCCAUUCCAGCUUCCAGCCUUCCUGGGACAACAAUAACAACAACCAAAUUUUCCAUUUUAUAAUUUUAUAAAUAAUAAACAAUGAAAACGUACAGUAGGAAAAAGGUCGACGAGAGUGUCGAGUUUGAGGAAAUCAUAGAUUUAGACGACGUGUGUCGUUUGUGUAUGGAAAAAGAGGAUGAGUUAAUAUCCAUAUUCAAUAACGAAGAAGUGGUGCCCCUUACCCUAAGAAUUAUGGCCUGUGUAGCCCUAGAGGUUUUUGAAGGUGAUGGUCUGCCUGAUAAAAUCUGCCACCCGUGCAAGUUUCAACUGGAGAAAUCAUAUAAUUUCCGAAAGAAAUGCGAACAAUCCGACAUGAAAUUACGGAUACAUUUGAAAGAACUUAAAGAGAAACUGGGGAAUAUCAUUGAGGAUGAUGAGUUUAAUAGAGAUUCUCAAGGAGAUAGAUCGGACGAGGAUGAAUUGGAAAUAGUGCAUGAUAGUAUGGAUAAGGAAACUGAGGAAAGUACUGAGAAAGUCGCCAGUACUGAAGAGGAUAUUGUGGGGGUGGCCAAAGUGUCGUAUAUCGAAGGACCAGAAGAACCAGAAAACACGCCCAACGAAAUCACUUUGGCGGCAGACACGGAGGGCAGCAAAGAGGCUUGCACCCUCAAAACUUCCGCGACAUUAAAAGUAGAAACUGAGCAACUCGAUAAUGACGACGAUAAUGUCAGUAGCUCAGAUCAACCCAUGGACGAUAUUUACGACAGUAAUAUCGGUGCAAUCGCCGAUGCCGUUAAGGCCACUUUAGCAAACCAACCGGGAAUUAAUGUUGCGGGUCAACUGCAGAUUAAAGUGAACCCGUCGUCGGGGAAAACCACCCAAGUGGAGGUGACCACUGACGACGGCCACGUGAUCGUCAUGGAAAUAUCCACCGAGGAUCAAGUGGACGAUCGGAACUCUAAUAGCGAAAACUUGAAGCGUGACUCUGUUUUAACGGAAAUAAACGAUGAAGGGGAAUUGAAAGUGUUCAAGUGCGAGUACUGUCCGUUGUCCUUCUCGAGAAGGAUCGCACUUAAGAGGCACUCGUCGGUGCAUUCGCAGCAACGUGGCUUUAGCUGCGGUAUUUGCGAAAAAUGGUUCCCGACCAAAUCGGCCCUAAUAAGACACGAACGGAUCCACACCGGCGAGCGUCCCUUCCAGUGCGAAAUAUGCACGAAAAGUUUCGCCCAAAAAGAGAUCCUCUUCAGGCACAUGAUGACCCACUCGGGUCAGAAGCCGUACAACUGUCCCCAGUGUCCGAGCGGGUUCAAUCAAAAAGUGCAUCUGCGCAGUCACAUGCGCAAACACGCGGAAUCCGACCCGCACGACAUGCAACUGCACUACUGCAGUCUGUGCCCGAAAGUUUUCUGUCACGCGUCCGGUUUAAGCAGACAUUUACUGACGCACACGGGGAAAUUGUUCAAGUGCACCGACUGUCCCAAGACGUUCACCGACAAAAGUUCCCUGAGGAGGCAUCGGUUACAAAACGGGCCCAGGUGCGGUAGUUAGUGUCGCAUUUUUUUUUCAAGUGAAUUAGUUUACCGAACUGACGAGGCAGAGGGGUCGAAACGCGCGUCAAGAGUUAGACUCGUUGCAAGACGUUGGUAGUUAUUCUUAGGUAGUGAUAAACUGGAAAGGUGUGUUUUUAAAAUAUCAAUAAAUAAAAGAGUUCGAUUAU